AUGCGAGCUUUUACCAUUGCGAGUAUACUGGGAAAUAACAAUUCAUCUUCGCCGUUAACAACCAAUUCGUUAAAACGAAAACUCUCUGAUGAUAACGACGAUUACGAACAGCAACUACACAAACGACAAAUCAUCGAUGCACCUGAAAUCCUGUCGCCUGCAUCUGUUGGGCAUCUACCGUCAUCAAUUAAUAAUUCGGACAAUAAAUUAUCGAGUAACGACGAAGAACGUGAUUCAUCAGGUGAACAGCACAGUUCUGAUGAACGACCACGAAAGGUUCGACGUAGUCGAACCACAUUUUCAACAUAUCAAUUACAUCAAUUAGAACGUUCAUUCGAAAAGACACAAUAUCCUGAUGUAUUCACGCGAGAAGAACUGGCUAUGAGAUUGGAUUUAAGUGAAGCUCGCGUACAAGUUUGGUUUCAAAAUCGACGAGCAAAAUGGCGUAAACGUGAGAAAGCUCUUGGUCGAGAAAGUCCAAAUUUCAUCGCUCCACAUGACAUUGAAACAUUCCGUCAACAAAUGUCAUCGUACCUUUCGAAUGCCUUAACAGCAAGUGUUGGAACAGUUAAUCCUACUAAUGAUCGGUCCUCACAAGUCGCUGUACCACCGCCACCACCACCACCGCCGCCUCAUUAUCUGCCAUUCCUAAUGGGACAUAUUGAUGAAAAACUGUUAACACGUUUACCCCUGAAUCAACAUCCUCAUUUUAAUCUACUCUAUCAAAAUCAUCCAACAACACCUAUAUUAACGAUGAAUCCAUCGUCUGUGUCUCCUUCAUCAAAUUCGUCAUCAUCGGAAUCAUAUUCAACCAAUCCAGUUGAUCGAUUCGAUCAUCACAGACGUGUAAAACUAGAACUGCAAGAUAGCAUUGCCUAA